CGAACUUUAAGAUUCAUCACCAACAAAAUUGCAUCUGUACAUUUUGCGGCCCUUUUCCGCAACCUCCAGUUCCUGCGACAAUGUAUACUCUUUGUAUUGGCGAAACUCCGCGGCACCGCAGCGUCUAUAUCGGCACGCCGAAGCUCCUCGAUUGUGGUAAUCUCUAACGCGAGGCGGGGAAGGGCCGAGUGACCUAAAGCGGUAACACUAUGCGGUUCCGCACAUCAUGUCCACAAUACCAUCAGUUUGCAUGCGAUCGCACCAUAAUUGCUGCGGUCCUUUCUUGAUCGGUUGCGCAGUCCGGUGAGGGGGUGAUAGUCUCGAUGUGGAACAGAAACCCGUAUAUAGUGCGGCCAGGUACCUGAGUAACAGCGAACUUGCAACCUUCCAAACCCUCUUACACAACCAUCUCUUUCAACAAACCAACCAAGUGCAAAUCUCUACCCAUCAUGCCAUCUAUUCAUCCCGCCAUCGAUAACGGUAUCAAGAAGGGCGACCCCAACUUCCCCGGCGGCAAGCUUUACUGCCAUUGCCCCUCCAAGAAGGUCGAAGUCACUCUUUCCAGCAACGUCGCGCACAACCACGCUUGCGGCUGCUCAAAAUGCUGGAAGCCUAAGGGCGCUCUCUUCUCAGUCGUCGGUGUCGUUCCCGUAGAUGCCCUCUCCGUAACCGCCAACGGUAACAAGCUGCACAUAAUCGACGAGUCGGCGGCCAUCCAACGCAAUGCCUGCAAGGAGUGCGGAGUUCACCUCUUUGGCCGCAUCGUGGUCGACCAUCCAUUCAAGGGCUUGGACUUUGUGCACACCGAACUCAGCGAUAAGAAGGGAUGGCAGGAGCCCCAAUUCGCGGCAUUCGUCAGCAGCAUCAUCGAGCAAGGUUUCAACCCCAAGGAGAUUGAUGCCGUGAGAGAGAAGUUCAGGAAGGAGGGACUCCAGACAUACGAUGUACUGAAUCCAACGUUGAUGGAUCUCAUCGCCACCUAUACUGCGCAGAAGAGCGGAAAGCUUUCAUCGAAGUUGUAGGGUUGUAUUGUAUAGUCCGGCGUUCUGGGUGUGGUUGAUGUGGAUGAUGUAUCAUUAGAUGAAGAGGAAUGGCUUAGAGCUUGGAUUGGUCUUAUAGACAUUUAAGAG